ACGGACGAAACGCCGCCCAGGAGACUCGGAGACUCAAGUAUUCCCACAGAUGUCCGUAUCGACUCGGCGACAACAAAGUUGAGAGUGAGAAGACCUAGUUCAUGGCCGGCAGCAGCACCUGAAGACGCUUCUCCGCUCAGAAACCUCGCCAUGGAUGUGCUCAAAUCAGCCAGAAGGGCUUUUAUUCGCAGUCCCAGCCUGAGCAAACAGUCCUGGAGCUCAGGCAAACACCAAAAGCUCUCUGAGAACUGGACUGACACGAGAGAGACUCUUGUGGAGGGAAUGACCUUUAACCUUCGCCAUCUGGGCAUGACUCUGGUGGACCAACCCAAAGGCGAGGAGCUCUCAGCCGCUGCUGUCAAGAGGAUAGUUGCCACGGCCAAAGCCAGCGGGAAGAAACUGCCUAAAGUGGCCCUGAAAGUAUCUCCUCAGGGAAUUGUCCUGUGUGACAGUGUCUCUAACCAGCUGAUCGAGAACAUUUCCAUAUACAGGAUAUCAUACUGCACAGCUGACAAGACGCAUGACAAAGUGUUUGCUUUCAUCGCCCAGAACCAGCAGAAUGAGACGCUGGAGUGCCACGCGUUCCUCUGUGCCAAAAGGAAAGUGGCCCAGGCGGUCACACUCACGGUGGCUCAGGCCUUCAGAGUGGCCUUCGAGUUCUGGGAGGUUGCCAAAGAAGAGAGAGAGAAUCGUGUGAAAUGGGAUUCAGCGGGAGAGACAUCCAACAGUUCACAGUCUGAGAGAUCGGUCAGCUUCAACAGCCUUAAAGUAGGAGUAGCUACAGAGAACCUGUUGGGCAUUGAUUACUCAUCUGCUGUGGAAAAUGUGGACAAUCCUACCGAACCCAACAACAACAACAGCACCACCCUAUGGGAGAUGGAAGAUGGUCUGGAAGAGGCUUUUUCAAGCUGCAGUUUGGAUAGCUAUGAGUACUCUCCAGGUAACAUGCAUAGGUCCAGUCCUGUAGCAGUCAAACCCGAGCUUAACUUCCACCCGCUCCAUACCCAAAAUCAGCGUCCUGUUUAUAUACUGUCUGUCAGUCCGUAACAUCAUUCCCCUCACCUGCUGUCUUCCAGAACCCUGCCAACUUUCACUGAUCAGAUUAGCAUCCUGGGCCGGUACUGACCCAACACGCAGAUCUAAUUGAAUGUGAUGGCAGGGUUCUGUAUUUAAAUACAGUGUGGUUUGUUUCCGGUAUCCCGUCAUUCUCAGUCUAGCCAGUUUGUGUGUUUUCAUCCUGUUUUGUUUUUAAUCCCUGAACAUAACGCUUAGUUAAAAGUGUAAUGCGAUUGCAUUGUGCUGCAUGCCUUCUAACCUUACAAAUAAAACCAUACCAGUUGUUAGCGUAGUUAAUAACAUAUAUCUACCAUCCAGAUUUGGCCUUUUCAAGUUCACCCAAAAAGUUAUAAUGUGUUAAAAAUGUACUCGCCCUCGGGCCAUCCAAUAUGUAGAAGAGUUUGUUUCUUCAUCCAAACAGAUAAAUAUAGCAUUACAUAACUUGUUCACCAGCUGAUUCUCUGCAGUGAAUGGGUGCCGUCAGAAUAAGAGUGUAAACAGCCAAAUAGUCCACGAUUAUGUGUUUGAACUAAAUCCAUCAAGAUGUUUGUAACCUUAAAUGAAAAAAUAUACGUACAACAACUGAUGGAUAAGAGUGUUGUGAAUUACUUGUGGGCUAUUGUGAUGUUUUGAUCAGCUUUUUGGACUCGCAUUCUGACGGCACCCAUUCACUGCUGAGGAUCUGUUGAUAAGUGAUGUUUUGACGAUGAAACAAUCUAAUCUUAGAAAAGCUGAAGGUGAGUAAAGUUUCUGGAAAUUGUCGGGGGUAAAAUACUCCUUUUAAUUAAAAUCUUUAGACCCAUAUGGGCAAUUCCAGCUUUAGAAAUGUGACAAAAUCAGAGGAUUUCUUCUUCAUUUAUACUUUUCUUAGUUGAGUUAACAUUUUAAUGGAAUUACCCAUAUGUUACUCCAACCCGUACAUCUGCAUCACUGAAGAGUUUCACCUUUUUCAGAUGUUUUUUUUCCAUCUCUUUCCUGUAGACUCGCUGAGUCUCGUACUAACCCCCAGGUCCUGGACAUUGGGGUGACGCCUCAGGACUUGAACUCUGAGACCGAUUGGGACAAGACUAAUGGAAAUGCACCAAAUGCCGAUGAGCUCUUCAGCCUCUGAGCACGGAUAGGUUUGUGGAAGGAAGUAGAGCCAGGAACCUUAUGUAGGAGUCUUCAGUCAGUCCAGAGGGUGGCACUCUGAUCCUUCUCGGCCCGAUCAUCUGGUCCAUUACACCAAAGCAAUAGCAGAUGAGUCUAUUUUUGCAAAAACGACAAACGAAAACUAUACUAUACAUGAGUUUACAUGCUUUAUUUUUAUCAAUCAAAUUAUUCUGUGUACAAUGUAUGUAGAUACCAGAGUCAGUAUUGUUUCAUGUAUGUUUAUCUUAUGAAAUGUAACAUUGUGUAUAUUCAGGUACAUUGUAGAGUUACUUUAAGUUAUAACCCUGUAGUUUUGCUGCUUUGAGAUUUAUCACCACAAUGCUCUUUAUUAACAAUAACGUGGACAUCAGCGUUAAAUUGACAGUACAGCUUAUCUUUAGUGUCUUAUGAGGCCGGCAAAUCAUAUUUCGGUAUUUACACGUUUUUCUUUUUUUUUUUUUUUUUUUUUUUUUGUUGUUUAAUCCUGACUGUAUGAUUGUUAUAACACCCAAAGGGUUGAUUUAAUAUUUCUCUAAUAAAUCUAAUAAAAGUGUUAAAAUUAUCUAAGA